CUGAGAGAUUUGCAUUGGAGCCCCGCUGGGAGUCACUUCCUGGUCAGAAAGGCUAGCGAAACCGGAACCUGGCCCUGGCAGUGGGGCAGCUCGGCUGCACUGGGCCCUAGGAGCCCCCAGAGAAAGGGUCUCCGUCCUCUGGACGGGAGUUUGGAGACCUUCCCCUCCGCCCCGGGCAGGGAGCGCGACCUGUAUGUCGAGUGCCGCCCCGCGCCAUGGAGCUCGGCCAGCCCAGCGCGGAGGUCGCGGCCUCAGCCCCCCGCGCGCGGGGCCCGAGUGUGAUCGCGCCGGUGCGCGCUGUGGUCCGCCUGCGCCGCCGCGUGUGCCUCCUACGCAAGCGGCGCCCCCAGCCGCCCGGCGUGGGCUCGGAGCCCGGGCUCGGCGCGCCACGCGCCGAUCUGGACCAGCCGCAGUUCUUCACCUUCGACGGCCCGGUGGAGUUACCCUCCCGGAUGCCGCGCAAGAGGCGUCGGCGCAGCCGCCUGGUGCUCUACCCCGAGACCUCGCGCAAGUGCCGGCCGCGCGCUGAGCGCCAGAGCCGCGCGCAGCGCUGCCUCCUGCUGCUCGUGGCCAUCGUGGGCUUCCAGGUGCUCAACGCCAUCGAGAACCUGGAUGACAAUGCCCUGCGCUACGACCUCGACGGGCUGGAAAAGGCGCUGCAGAGGGCGGUGUUCGGCCAGCCCGCGGCGGUGGGGCGCAUCGUGGAGCUGCUGCGGGACUACCUGGCCACGCACGUGCACAGCCGCCCGCUGCUCCUGGCGCUACACGGGCCGAGCGGCGUGGGCAAGAGCCACGUGGGCCGCCUGCUGGCGCGCCACUUCCGCGCGGUGCUGGAGGACGGCGCCCUGGUGCUGCAGUACCACGCGCGCCACCACUGCCCCGAGCCGCGCGCCGCGCGCGCCUGCCGCGAGGAGCUGGGGCGGCGCGUGGCCGAGGUGGUGGCGCGCGCCGAGGCCGAGGAGAAGACGCCCCUCGUGGUGCUGGACGAGGUGGAGCUCCUGCCGCCCGCGCUGCUGGACGAGCUGCACGGCCUCCUGCAGCCGCAGCGGCCCCACCUCUUCCACAACGCCAUCUACGUGCUGCUGAGCGGCACUGGCGGCGCCGAGGUGACGCGCUUCGUGCUGCAGAACGCGACCCGGGCGUUGCCCCCCGCCCGCCCCGGCGCCCGCCAGCCGCCCGCCGAUGAGCAGCUGCGCGCCGGCCUGCAGGCGCUCCUGGCCCGCCAGCACCCGCUGUGGCAGUCCGCGGCCGUCGUGCCUUUCUUGCUGCUGGACAAGCGCGACGUGGUCAGUUGCUUUCGCGAAGAGCUGGCCGGCGAGGGCUUCUUCCCGGAGCAGGCCCGCGCCGAGCUCCUGGCCGCGCAGCUCAGCUACUUCAGGGUGGCGGGCCGCGAGUUCGCCGUCACCGGCUGCAAGCAGGUGGUGGCCAAGGUGAACCUGUUGUAGCAGAGGCGGCCGGACAGGAGGUACCGCGUGGAUUUCCCCUGGGCCUUGGAGGCCCCUAAUAAAUUAGUGUGUGCUGGCGG